AUGGUUUGGGCCGGUAUCUGUGCUUCGGGCAAGACCCCUUUGAUUUUUGUCGAUGAGGGCGUGCAGAUCAACAAAGAAGUGUAUCAAAGGGACAUUUUGGAAGCUGUGGUACUCCCUUGGUCCCGAGAACACUUCAAGAACACCAAAUGGACGUUUCAACAGGACUCUGCUCCAACCCGUAAAGCCAAAACAACACAGGAGUGGUGUCGGGCCCAUUUUCCGGACUUUAUCACCUCAGCUGAAUGGCCUCCGUACUCCCCCGAUCUCAACCCGAUGGAUUACAGUAUUUGGUCGAUAUUGGAGGCAAGAGUGUGUUGUAGAAGACACCAAACUUUGGAGUCUUUGAAACAAGCAUUGAUCGAAGAGUGGGGCAAACUGUCACCGGAGGUACUGCGGCCCGUCUCUGAAAACUUUUUGAAGCGUUUACGCUUGUGCCAAGCUGCAAAAGGGGGACACUUUGAAACCGAUUGA